AUGACUUCUAUGCUUCCGAGGCUUAUAGCUCUAAAUCAAUCUGCUUUUGUCAAGGGUAGAAGUGUUGUCGACAACACCCUUCUAGCCCAGGAAAUCGUAAAAGGCUAUGGGAGGAAAAUCAUCUCUCCAAGAUAUUCCAUUGAUUUCAAUGGAAGUUUGAUUGGUUAUUUCAAAGGUGCCAAGGGGAUUAGACAAGGAGAUCCUCUUUCUCCCAUAUUAUUUGUUCUGUCGGUAAUGGGAGUCAUUACAGUUCUGGACAACUUCUAUGAGUUAUCUGGGCUAAAGUUAAAUGCAGGAAAAUGUGAAAUCUUCAUUACUGGUUUAUCUUUUCAAUCUCUUGAUACUAUCAUUAUCUCCUCUGGCUUUAAACAUGGUAGACUGCCUAUUCGUUACUUGGGAGUUCCUCUUGUCAGCAAGAAGCUUUCUGAUAAAGAUUGCCAAGCCCUUCUCGACAACAUCAAAAAUAGACUUCAUCAGCAACUUGUCUUACCCCAAUCCAUUAUCAAGAAAAUCGAGCAAUUAUGUUCGAGGAUUUUUUGGAAGGGUUCUGAUUCUCAUGCUGCUGGAGCAAGAGUGAACUGGGUAAAAAUUUGUAAGCCUAAAUCAGAAGGAGGCCUUGGCCUCAAGGAUAUUAAGUCCUGGAAUUCUGCAUGUUUAAUUCAACAUAUCCGAAAACUGCUUGCAGGGAAGGUUCAAUGUGGAUAG